AUGAAAUCGAACAUUGAGCUGAUCGACGUAGUAGACAAGUUUCCCUACAGCGAGGUCGCCGCUGGGAACGCCGCCGAGGCAGAGCUGGCGCAGCAUGGUCUCUGGUCACUACUGUGGGAAGACGAGCAGGGGCGGUAUCCCAUUGGGUACAUGCUAGACCGCGUCGUGCGAGAGCUUGAACAGGUCCCGGUCAGCGUGAGGGGCGACGUGGGCCUGAACCGCACCGACCGGACCGUGCUGCUGUUCCAGCUGCCGACGGAGCAGGAGCGGAGUCGCGUCGUGGCGGCCCUGGCAGAUCACUGGCGCAACAAGGGCACGUUCAAGCUGCUCCGAGGCUGGCGCGACGAGGUGUGGCCUGUCUACAGUCGCACAGGUGAGCUGCUUUUCAGCAUGGAGCGUGCUGCCAUGGGGCUGCUGGGCACGAUGCGCUACGGCGUGCACCUGACGGCCUACGUUGUCGACGCCGCUGCACCGCACGGCCUCAAGCUGUGGGUGCCCAAGCGCGCUACUGACAAGUCCACCUUUCCCGGCAUGCUGGACAACACCGUCGCCGGUGGACUGAUGACGGGCGAGGACCCCUUUGAGUGCGUCAUUCGCGAGGCCGACGAGGAGGCGAGCCUGCCAGACCAUCUGGUCCGCCGCCAGGCUCGCUGCGUCGGCACAGUCACGUACAUGUACAUCACCGACGAGAAGCAGGUCGGCGAGGGUGGUUUCGUUUACCCCGAGUGCCAAUGGGUCUAUGAUCUCGAGCUGCCUGCCGAUGUGACUCCUCAACCCAAGGACGGGGAAGUCGAAGAGUUUUAUCUCUGCGACAUAGACGAGGUCAAGGAGGCCCUUGCCCAAGGCAAAUUCAAACACAACUGCGCCCUCGUCGUCCUCGACUUCUUCAUUCGCCACGGCAUCUUGACCGAGGACAACGAGGCAGAAUUUGCCGCCAUUAGACGCAGGAUGCAUCGCGAGCUGCCCUUUCCAGGGCCGCACCAGACCAACUGGCAUCCGGCCUAG